AUGGUCAAACUUCCUGAAACCAUAAUCCCUAGUCUUGAAGACGUGGCGUCAUCACCGAGGCAAGAAAAUCCUCCUACUCCCUCAAUUGGACAGGUUAAGACUGCCUUGAAACAACUAAACUCUAAAAAAGCCACCGGGUCCGAUGGGAUUCCCGCAUGGGUGCUUAAACGAUACUGUGAAGAACUAGCGCCCAUCGUUCAUGACAUUAUUUGCGCCAGUAUAAAAGAAUGUGAAUAUCCAACUGCGUAUAAACAUGCCUUAGUUAUCCCAGUUCCGAAGGUCAAUCCACCAAGAGAUAUCGAGAAUGACUUUCGCCAGAUAUCCAUUCUUCCCCAAAUGGCUAAAGUGCUGGAAAAGCUGCAGCUCAAACUGAACCUUCCCAGUUCACGUAUAAAUGAUAAUCAGCAUGCCUUUACAAGCAAACGAUCAACCGUGUCCGCACUCACCAACAUCUCGCAGAACUGGUUUAAUGUGACCGACAAUACGCAUAGCGCCAAAAAUGGAGUUCAUGCACUAUUCAUAGAUUUUCGCAAAGCGUUUGACCUUGUUGACCACGGAAUUCUACUUCGUAAGCUCGCAGAAAUGAAUGUAACCAAAGCCAUUUGGCUAUGGACACGUAGUUUUCUGGAAGAUAGAAGACAACAGGUCAAACUAGCAGGAACCCUAUCAUCGAACAAACCUUGUCCUGCAGGAGUCCCACAAGGUUCUGUGAUGUCCCCAGCUCUUUUUAAUAUUCACAUUAACGAUAUUGAGAACUCAAUCCCAGAUGGAUUAUCCAUAAAUAUAUGCAAAUACGCGGAUGAUUGUACACAGGACGAAGUGGUGUCACAAGGUUCAUCCAGCCAUAUGCAGGAGGCCCUUGAAGCAGUACAAGAAUGGUCUAAUAGGAACAAAAUGACGAUAAAUUCGAAGAAAACAAAAUAUAU